GCCAACGGUUCAGGAGAAGCGGAAGAAAAAAAUACAGCGAUUCUCGUCCGAUAUCCAACGUGCGGAAAAAUUUUGGGAAAAACAAAUUGGACAAAACGGAUCGAAGAUGGAUAGCACUGAAUUUCGGAAACGUGGCAUGGAAAUGGUCGAGUACAUCUGCACCUAUCUGGAAACCCUGAACGAGCGCCGGGUUACGCCCAGCGUCGAGCCGGGCUAUUUGAGGCAUUUGCUGCCAUCUGAGGCACCGCAAGAGCCGGAGGACUGGGACCAGAUCAUGAGCGAUGUGGAGGACAAAAUCAUGCCUGGGGUGACGCACUGGCAGCAUCCCAGAUUCCAUGCCUACUUCCCGGCGGGCAACUCGUUCCCCUCGAUCCUGGGCGAUAUGUUGGGCGACGGCAUCGGCUGCAUUGGCUUCUCCUGGGCAGCCAGUCCCGCCUGCACCGAGCUGGAGACGAUUGUGCUGGACUGGCUGGGCAAGGCGAUUGGUUUGCCGGACCACUUUCUGGCCCUCAAGGAGGGCAGCACCGGCGGCGGGGUCAUUCAGACAUCCGCCUCGGAGUGUGUGCUGGUCACGAUGCUGGCGGCCCGGGCACAGGCCCUGAAGCGGCUGAAGGCUCAGCAUCCAUUCGUGGAGGAGGGUCACCUGCUGUGCAAGCUGAUGGCCUACUGCUCCAAGGAGGCGCACAGCUGCGUGGAGAAGGCGGCCAUGAUUUGCUUCGUGAAGUUGCGCAUCCUCGAGCCGGACGAGAACGCCAGCCUGCGUGGCCAGACGAUCUACGAGGCCAUGGAGGAGGACGAAUUGCAGGGCCUGGUGCCCUUCUUUGUGUCCACCACCCUGGGCACCACCGGCUCCUGUGCGUUCGAUAAUCUGCCCGAGAUUGGCAAGCAGCUGCAGAAGUUUCCCGGCGUCUGGCUGCAUGUGGAUGCCGCCUAUGCGGGCAACAGCUUCAUCUGCCCGGAGCUGAAGCCGCUCCUCAAGGGCAUCGAGUACGCCGACUCAUUCAACACGAAUCCCAACAAGUGGCUGCUGACCAACUUUGACUGCUCGACUCUGUGGGUGAGGGAUCGCAUCCGUCUGACAUCAGCUCUGGUCGUGGAUCCGCUGUACCUCAAGCACGGCUACUCGGAUGCGGCCAUCGACUAUCGUCAUUGGGGAGUUCCACUCAGUCGGCGUUUUCGUUCGCUGAAACUUUGGUUUGUGCUGCGAUCCUAUGGCAUUUCCGGGCUACAGCACUACAUACGUCACCAUAUCAAAUUGGCCAAACGCUUCGAGGAGCUGGUGCUCAAAGAUAAACGCUUCGAGAUCUGUAACCAAGUCAAGCUUGGCUUGGUGUGCUUCCGCUUGAAGGGCAGCGACAAGCUCAACGAAAAGCUACUGAGCAUCAUCAACGAGUCGGGCAAGCUGCACAUGGUGCCGGCCAGUGUCAACGAUCGGUACAUCAUACGAUUCUGCGCUGUGGCCCAGAAUGCCACGGCCGAGGACAUUGACUAUGCCUGGGACAUUAUUGUGGACUUUUCGAACGAGCUGCUGGAGAAGGAGCAGCACGACGAGCUGUCCGAUAUCAUCAACCGCAAGAAGCAGGACACUCUGGCCCAGAAGCGGUCGUUCUUCGUGCGGAUGGUCAGCGAUCCGAAGAUCUACAAUCCAGCCAUCAACAAGGCCGGCACACCGAAGCUGUCCAUGGAGCUGCCAUCGCCGGUGGUGAGUCGCGGGAAUGCACCCAUCAUUCGCACCCAAAGCUCUGUGGAUCACAAUUCGUGGAUAUCUUGGCCGCUGGCCUUCCUCUUCAACAGCGGCAACAACGAGGACAAGGGCAACAAUGUCUCGCUGCGCUUCCGACAUCUGGACACCAAUGUGCGCCACUCAUCGUCGCGCCGCAACUCCGGGGCUGGGUCCUCGCCCUCGCCAGAGAACGAACUGGAGCUUGGGAAUGUCCAGCAGGAGCAGAAAUCACCACGCAGGUCGCCCAUGGUCAUGCGCAAGGCCUCUUCCACCCGCGAUAAUCCCAACUAAGAAUAUCAAAUAUAUAUAUAUAUAUAUUAUGAGUAUAUGCGCCUCCUUAUCCCUGGCGCUUAGUUGAAUUAUAUUGUAGACAAUUUUACGAUAUCUAGUAAGACAUAAAUUCAAUAUUCCCCAGGCUUCUCACGAUCUCCUCCCCCCUCUAAUACCAGCGUAGCAAAACAAACCAACAAACAGACAACAAAAACACGCGAAUAACUUUCUUGUUAAUGAAUGGCAAUAAAUUUCA